AUGGACUCUGUGAACAGCGCCAAACAACAGCAAUACGAUGGGCAACCUACUGCUGCUCCUACUACAUCAUCAUUAUCAGCAGCUGGUAAUGCAAUCACAACAAAAGAAACGAGGCACACUGCCAAAGAUGGUAACUACCACCACCAGCAACACCAAGAAGAGACGGAGGAAGAAGAACCAGCAGCAGAGGGUCUUUUAAGAUUGAGAGAAGAUGAUCACCAUCACAUUGAUCACAAUGAAGAAUCAUUACAUAGUUUCAGAUUUUCAUCCUCCAACACAUUUAGCAUCAGAGAAGAAUUGUUACAAAAGAAGAAAAGGCUACAUGGGACAUUACCAGGUCAUUAUGCAACGUCUGAGCUGCUCGUCAACAGGGCAAAUACCAGAAACAAGACCAAAACAGUGGGCAGCCCCAUCAUAUCAUCCAAGCAUCAUUUUCGCAAGUCCACUCAACUGGCAGAAUCGCCCAAGCGAUCUAUAUCCAAUGGCUCCAGUCAGUCGUCACAUACCACCCAGUCCACUAGCACGCCUCCUACCACUGAAGACGAAGACGAUUACGAGGAAGAAGAAGAAGACACCUAUGUCCCUCACUUGCACAAUCGCCUCAAACAGCAAAAUCAAGGCAUUCUUACUACCUAUGACGAUUGGCGCAUCAUCUUGACAAACAGCAUUGCACAAGAUGUGCUUGUGAGCCAUUUACACCACAAAAUGAACGAAGAGCAAAAACUGAUACUUGUUGGUAAAUCAGUCAUGGAUUUAAUCGAACCCUCUUACCAAAACCGGUUAAAAUCCAUCAUUGUGAAACGAAGACAUGAAUUAAAACGUCGUGAUGCCGAGCAGAAUGAAGCUGGUAUGGUGUUGGUGUGCGGCAAUGUGAUACCCAUCAUUAAAUUAGACGGCACAAAGUCAUCCGCUUCUCUCUGGCUCAAGGAAAAGAUCAAUGAAUCAGGCAACUCGGUGUUUAUAUGGAUCUUUGAGGAGGUGUACGAGAGUUCAAUCACACUGACUGUGGAUCAGCAAGGCACCAUUGAAUCAACAUUAUGCGAACAGGGCGUGCUGGAUCUAUACGACUACAGCGCACUCGAUAUCAUUGGCAAGAAGCUGAAUUUCCUUGUGCCCAGCCUAGAGAUGCAACCAGCGUGGCAAGACAGCAUCAACAAGCUUCGGUUCUUUGCGAGUCAAACCAAACGAGGCGCACAAUUCCCCAUAAUUGUACGCUUACUGGAUAAUUUCACAGUCCAGAUCACUUCGAUGCCAGUGAUCGCUGGUCUGAUGACCAUACAAUCUGAUGGUAUAAUUGAAGGUUGCAACGAUAUAUUUGUGAAAUAUUUGUUUGGUUUUUCCCAACAAGACCUUGUUUUGAAAAAGAACAUUUCACAGCUUUUGCCUCAAUUCCCGACACUGUUGAAGAACCUCAAAAGAGACGAUUUACUACAACAAGGACUGAUUAUCAACAAUACCAUUUGUAGAAAACUGUUGCCUCUGCCUGAACAGUGCAAGAUGGUGAACAAACGACUCUUAACACACACACCCAACAAUCAACCACUGCCGAUCCUAGUGGCUCUUCACAGAGACGGCACUCCAUUUGAGGUCCAAUUGCAGCUCAAACUAGUGGAAUCAUCCAAGCAGCACAAGGAAGGCGAGGAAGAAGACGAAUACGCUCUUUGGAUCUCAUUCGAUAGAGAAAUUGCAUUUAAACGGUUUGGGCAUCAUCACCUUAUUUCUCAGGCACCACCAGAAAAGGAGCAUGAAAAGAUUGCCUACUCCCCAACUCGUACCGUUGUAGUCAUACCACCUCAAGCUGAAAACAAGACCAAGAGAUCGCCAUCGGUCAUAAGCACAUCACAUGAGGACACACAGCCUGAGCAGGAUGCUGACGAGGGAGGCGGACUCAAGUCGCCAACAUCAACGCAAGACAUUAUCUAUUCCGCACAGACCAAAUCAACGAGCAUUGAUGAUUAUGUGAUACUAGAUAGCCUCGGCCAAGGUGCUUACGGCCUGGUCAAACUGGCUGUAAAGAGAAAUGACCCAAGUCAGACAAACGUCGUGAUCAAGUAUGUUAUCAAGUCUCGCAUAUUGGUGGACUGUUGGACAAGAGACCGGAAACUCGGAUCCGUGCCCGUCGAAAUUCAUAUACUCCAUACGCUUAGAAAAUACCCUCAUCCGAACCUAGGUGAUAUGCUCGACUACUUUGAAGACGAGGACCACUACUAUAUCGUCAUGGGAUUGCACGGUGGCGGUAUGGAUCUCUUUGACUACAUUGAGCUCAACGAUCAUGGCAUUCCAGAGCAGGAGAUUCGCCGCAUAUUCAGGCAGAUUGCAUUGGGAGUGCUCCAUUUACAUCAACACAACAUUGUGCAUCGAGACAUCAAGGACGAAAAUGUGGUGCUGGGCGAUAACGGUGGUCUACGAUUGAUUGACUUUGGCAGUGCUGCCUACUUGAAGCCAGGCAGAAAAUACGAAACGUUUGUGGGCACCUUGGAUUAUGCAGCACCAGAGAUCCUACGAGGACACACCUAUUCAGGAAAACCGCAGGAUGUGUGGGCACUGGGUAUUCUAUUGUUUACACUUGUGUAUCGCGAAAAUCCCUUUUACGACAUUGAUGAGAUUAUGGGAAGAGAAUUGAGAAUACCAUUUGUACUAUCAGAAGGUUCAGUUGAUCUUAUCAGCAAAAUGCUGGAACGUGAUGUAGAGAAAAGAAUCGAUAUUCAACAAGUGCUGGCACAUCCUUGGUUAAUGUAA